UCUCACAUUGCUUCUGCUUUUAAUACACCUCUGCACACUUUCCACCGCUCUCUCUUCUCUCUCUUCAUCAACAUCUCCAUCUUCUUCUUCUUCUUCUUGUUCAUGAGCUCUUUGAUCUGAGUUUAUGGUUGAGGUUCAGUGGAAGUUCUUCAGUUUGUGAUUGUUUGUGUUUUGGAGGAGAUUUGAGGUGAAAAACUCAAGCUUUUCAUGGAGUGUAAUCAGAGAAAAAAGAUUUCAUUUUGGUUUGAUUUCAUGGUUUUGUUUCAAGAGAUCAAGUGUUAGCAAGAAGAAGAAGAAGAAAGAAAGUUUUGAUCUUGUUUUGCUUUGAUUUCAUAGUGAAAAAGAUCUCAUCUUUGCUUUGUUGAAGAAGAAGAAGAAGAAGAAGAAGCUGGCGAGCAAGUGGUGGGAAAGAGCUGAUGCUCCGGCGAUGGCGGCCGGAGUAGACCCAAGCUCAACCUCCGGCGCGGCGGCGGCGUCUCGUUACCUUCAUCCUCUUCUCCACCCACCACCGCCUGCCGACCAACCCAAGAGCCCAUCCGACAAGGCAACGAGAACGGAAGCUAGCGCCAGAGCUGACGAUCCUUCAACCUCGGCGGCACCGACUCGCCGCCCCCGUGGCCGGCCGGCGGGGUCUAAGAACAAGCCGAAGCCUCCCAUCAUCGUCACCCGUGACAGUCCCAGCGCGCUUCGCUCCCACGUCCUUGAAGUCUCUAGCGGUGCCGACGUUCUCGAAACCUUAUCGGAGUACGCACGCCGGCGCGGUCGUGGCGUUUGCGUGCUAUCCGGUGGCGGCGCCGUAGUCAACGUCGCGCUACGCCAGCCAGGGGCUUCACCUCCGGGGAGCGUCGUGGCGACGUUGCGUGGUCGGUUUGAGAUACUAUCCCUGACUGGGACUGUGCUCCCGCCUCCUGCUCCGCCAGGCGCCGGAGGCCUGACUGUGUUUCUCGCCGGCGGGCAAGGGCAAGUGGUUGGUGGGAGUGUGGUGGCGCCGCUUGUGGCGGCUGGGCCGGUUGUUCUAAUGGCGGCGUCCUUCGCCAAUGCUGUAUAUGAGCGACUACCACUUGAAGGUGAAGAAGAAGUAGCUCAUGAGCCGCCGGCGCCGCAGCAGCAGCAGCAGCAGCAGCAACACCAGCUCCAGCAGCAGCCGGCUGCGUCUCAGUCUUCAGUUGUCACCGGCGGUGAUGGUGGCGGUGGUGGUGGCGGCGGCGGUGUCCCUUUCUACAGCUUAGGUGGCAAUGUAGGAGCUUAUCAGCAGCUUCCUGGAGAUGGCUUUGGAUGGACUGGUCCUCGUCCUCCAUUUUGAUUCAUUUCAAGCUCUAGCUUUUCUUCAUCAAUCUACCAAUUCAAAUCCUAUUAAAAGUUAAAAACUUUUUUAUUCCAAACUGUUCAUCAAAUCAGCAGAACAAGAAGAAGAAGAAGAAGAAGAAGCUUGGAUUGAAUGUAAGGUUAGUAAAUGCAAAGAAUCUCAUCUUUAGGACUUCUAAACUGUAUACAUAAAAGAAAAGAUUCUCUUCUCUUAAGUUCAUUUAUUUUGAUUU